AUGGACGCCCCGAACAAGUGCACGUCAUUUACAACCUACUGGGAAUCAAGUACACUGCAGCCACCCGAGUCCGCCGAGCAGUGUCACGUGUUGGGCCGACUUUUUGGGGAGCAGUUCUGUUUUGGGGAGCGAAAAAGGAGAGAGCACUUCAAGUUCUUCGAGAAACUCGGCAUACCUGGGCCAACGCCGAACAUCUUCUUUGGCAAUGUAUUGGAUAUGUACCGUAAGUCACCUACCAGAGCUUAUCGUGAAUGGAUAGACAAGUACGGCGACACUGUUGGAUACUUCAACGGCCACCGUCCUGUGAUCCUAACUGCUGACCUGGACUUGCUGAGGCAGAUACAGAUUAAGGACUUCCAAGAUUUCACAGACAGAGGGCUCCUGUUCCAGCCCAAGCGUCCUGAAAGCCCACACAACAAAAGUCUUCUACAGCUCACGUCAACCAGAUGGAAGGAAGUGCGGAGCGUCCUUACCCCUUCGUUCACCACCAACAAGCUUAGACUCAUGUCUCCGGGUGUCAUCUCAGCCGUGGAGAAGUUGGUUUCCAAGAUCGACCGCAAGGCGAAGACGGGAGAGGAGUUCGAGGCUGGUGAGAUGUACGCCGCUCUAGCCCUGGACGUAAUCUGCAAGAGCGCCAUGGGCAUCGACUACAACCUGCAGGAACACCCACGACACCGAUUCCUGGUGUGCUGCCGUCGAUUGUUCGGAUGCGCCUUCUCCGUCAUUGCCGUGCUGCUCGCUGCAUUUCCUGGCUCAGCUGUUCUGCUACAAUUCAUCAACUGUCGCCUGCUGCGCUUCCAAAACAAUGGAUUUCAUCCCUUUGCUGAAGUGCAAGAAAAAUGUAAACGGAUCGUUGCCGAACGACAACUUGAUUAUUCGCUCGAGGGGGCUCUAGAGCUGAACCACACAUGGAACCAGGAGUUCAAGCACGCGGUACUCCUCGACCUCCUGCCGCUUGGUCUCCAGCUCCACCUCGGCGUUCCAUCCCCUGGCCCGCGUCCAAACGACGCACUGAGGCAGUCCGGCCUCAACUUCGUCGGCGCUGCCUACCAUCUUCUUCCAGAGGUUGACCACACGGUACGCGACUCCUCUCCACCAACACCCUCACGGCCAGCACGAAGCGCGCCUGCUCCUGCGCCCGUAUGCCGUCGACCUCAGGCCACCUCAUCGCCUUUAUCGUCACCGACGACGACACGUGGCAGCGGAGACAUCACCGACCCAACGCCGGCUCCCGUGCCCCGCGCCAUCGGGUCUGUCUCCAACGGCAUCGCUUCUCCGACAACGACACCCGACCCGUCCACGCGGUUCGCUGAGCCAGGCUUCGAGCCGGCGCGUGAGCUCGGCACCAUGCCGAUCUCCGUGCCUUCAACCCUGCCGGCUAUCGCCACCGUGGACGCGGGUCACGACUUUCUGCGACCCCCGCUGCUUCCCACGUCAGGGGUCCUCAACAAAUCACCGGACGCUCCUGCGUUCCUUGACCCUCCUUUGCCCGGCCAGCCCGUGGCUUACUUAGUAGCAGCCCAGAGCAUGCUAUCCCAGACCCAGCUCGCUGCCUUUUUAAUAAAUUAUCUCUUCUCCAUAAAAAACUCACUCCGUCGCAAGGACCUGCUGCAGCUCAUGAUCGAUGCCAAGGAUUGCCGCGUAGACGUCGGCUCGGUAACGUCCACCCAGCUUACAGCUGCUGAAGACAAUGACGCAGAACUCUCAACCCAUCCUCGCGGCAGCGGUCAUCUUACAGUCUUCAGCAAGGUCGUACUGGAUGACGACGACAUUACGCAAAAUGCAUUCGCCAUACUCGUAGCAGGGUUCGAGACUACGAGCAAUACAAUGUCCCUGGUGACGCAUAUGCUCAUACAUCAUCCGCAAGUUCAAGAAAACGUGCGGAAUGAGUUGCUCUCUGUCCUGGAAGAUGACGAGCCAAUCACGUACAGCACCAUUCAGAAGCUGCCGUACCUGAACUGCGUCAUUCUAGAAACCAUGCGGCUCUACCCUCCAGCCUUCGCGUUUGUGACCCGCGAAGCUGUGAGAGACAAGCAGUACGAGAAGUUUCGGAUUCCGGCUGGUACAGUUGUCAUGACAGCCGUUGAGUACAUCCACAGGGAUGCGCGACACUGGGAACGCCCGGAUCAAUUUGACCCAGACAGGUUCCUGCCCGAGAACAAGUCGCGUAUCAACACCAUGGCUAUGCAAGCUUUCGGUAACGGCCCACGCAACUGCAUCGGCAUGCGCUUCGCACACAUGGAGCUGCGGUACACGUUUGCGCACAUACUGCGGAAGUAUCGGCUCGAGAAGACCGAGAAUAGCGAGAAGCACCCUCCGAGCAUAGAGAUGAACCCGAUCAUCCUGAAGAUCAAGAAUGGCGUGAAGAUCAAGGCUGUUCAUCUGUGA